AUGGCGGAUGAAGUUAAGUCGUUUAACGUCGACUACACUGGCCAAUAUCGAGGUGCCUCAAAGCUGGUUGUCUUACCCACCACCACUGAGCAGAUUGUGGAUGUGAUUAAACUUUGUGACCUAUGGAAACUCGGAAUAGUGCCACAGGGGGGCAAUACGAGUCUAACGGGCAACAGCACACCAACAUUUGAUGAAGUCGUUAUUUCAACUCGUCGAAUGAAUAAGAUUAUCAGUAUUGAUGCAGACACAGGCACAGUUGUGUGCGAACCUGGUGUUAUUCCUGCUAAUCUGGAACAGACACUUGAGAGUGCUUCUUACGAUCUCACACUGCCACUUGAUAUUGGCUCAUGGGAUAUCUCUUGCAUUGGAGGAAAUGUUGCAACAAAUGCUCGGGGUUAUCGAACACUCCAAUAUCCCACCCUUCGUCACUCAAUCGUUGGACUGGAAGCGGUACUUCCAAAUGGCGAUGUCUUAAGCCUAAUGGAGGGAUCUCAAGCGGACCAGUUUGGGAUGGAUCUGAAGCAGUGUUUAAUAGGUUCGGAGGGAAUGUUUGGGAUCAUUACCAAAGUCGCUAUCCGUUGCCCAUCAAGGCCGAAAUUUACUAAUGUUGGAUUAUUAGUUUGCGAUGACUAUGAUUCAGUGAUCAAAGUACUACGAUAUGCGCGCAAGGAGUUUGCAGAAACGCUUUCGGCAUUCGAGUAUAUGGAUCAGGGAGCACUUGGUGUUGCAGAACGGGAGCUAUAUAUGAAGUUACCAAUUCCUUUUAAUCAUUAUGGGACGGUCCGGAGAAAAAAAUUUCAUGCCAUUUUCAUGGAAGUAUCAUCAUCAGCAUCAAAUAAACAAUCCUCAAACGUGAUGACUAGCUUUAUCGAUAAGGUUCGCAAUCUCGGACUUUGCUGUUACGGGAUGUCCUCGCAGGACAAACAGGAGUCAGAAAAGCUGUGGGGACCAAGAAGAUCCGUUAUAACCGCAUGCAAGGCAACAGGAACCGUCUUCAAAUUCGACCUCACAAUCACUCCAGAACAGCUGCCAGAACUUGUGCAUUUGCUUGAAUCAGUGUCCGCUAGUGACCGGACACUGGCGUCAGGGGACGGGAAAGUCCAGAGGGUCCCCGAUGGACCUGCAAACGCAGCGCGCAUUAAAGACCUAUUCGUCUUUGGACAAUUGCCUACGGGAAGCAUCCACGUCGUAGCCACCGUCGAACCCGGAACUUGCGACUUGGCCCGAGCAUCUCUUUUGGGAGUGCACCAAACGCCAGCCUGUGUGACGAGGCUCAAAAUGGCUCUCUACAAUUGGCUGAGAAUGAGAAAAACAUCCCCAUUCAGUCGCCUGCUCUCUUUAUCGAAGAUCAGUGAUGAACAAAUUACGCAGUGGACUCACCAGCCAGACUGGGAUGAGCAUAGAUUCCAGGGAUUCCCGAGCCGUGAUCUUCAGUUGUCUAUCAAAAAGGCAUGGGACCCCAAGGGUAUCAUGAAUCCCUACAAGAGCUGGAGCUUCAUUGACACGUAA